AUGGUAUGUGACAAAAUUGAACCUGUUCUCCAAGUCGGUGCUGAUCAGUUUGUAGUCCCCGUGGAAUCUGUUCUCAAAACUUUCGGGUCAAAGAUUGAAAUGUUCCUUGACACAACAUCCCGGACAGAUACAUACACGAAAUACGUCAUUAUGAGGCCCAAAGACUCUACCAUGGCUCUGAUAGAAUACUGCUAUACCGGGCAGCUUCACAUUCCUAAGAGUGUCUGCAAGGGCGAGUUUUUAACGGAGCUGCGGUUCUGGGGAUUGAAAAGCAGACUGUUAGAAGCAUGCUGCUAUCACAAGCUCUGUGCUUUCCUGAAGGAUCAGAAAAUGCUCAAAGGGUUCGAAAACAUGUAUAUGGAAUCAGAGAACUGUGGCGCUGGGCAUUCUGGGAAUGGCAAUGCAAAAGAACGAAUAUGGGGAAUCGUCAACUGUGAUCGAAAGUCAACGUGUUCAAAGGUGUAUUUCUAUGUGUCGACAACCUUUGUACUGCUGAUGAUUACUGUCCUUGCCCUUACCAGCAUGAGCGAUGUAAAAGAUAACGAGCAGCAUCCCGACGGGAAUUCGUCUGGUACUUCGGAUCUGUUACCUUCUACAAAUCAAUUGAAUAUUACAGGUUUUUCAAAUAUGUCCGCGAAUUGCGGUACCGUGACACCGAUGCCACUGAGAUAUACUCCUACUAUUAUCAGAGUAAAUUGUGUUGCCUGCAGCCUCCUAACCGGUGGGAGCCGUGGGAUGUCACCAAGUAAUAAAAGUAAAAAGCUAGAAGUAGAAAAUACAUACAUACACUUACACCUGCCAAAAUGUUGUAAGACUAAUAUUGUACAAUCAACUGUAAUACCAUUCAGCGAAAUACUGGACCACACUACUGAGUACAAGGACGUAUAUGAUCUGGAUAUAACUCCAAUCCCUGAUUACACUCAGGACUUGUAUGAUUUGGACAAACCUCCAAAGCCUAAUUUUAAUGAUUACGGGAACGAUAGUUCCAUGAACCAAACGACGAAAUUAAAUGGCACGCGGUAUUUUGCUACAAACGUUACGCCACACUCAGCUUCCAGCGAGAUAUACAGUGAUGCAACAAGCCCUGGUGCAAACAUCAGCAAGAUGGCAUUAAAAAACAUAACGAAUAAUGAAAAUAUAUUUAAAUCAUCUGUCAAGGAUUGGACGACUACAUUCCUUACGAACUCAUUUUCAAAUUCUAAGAAAAAACUUUCUUCGUUCACCUCAGCGCGGGAACUAGCAAGUAAUGCAGAUUUUGAAAACGUUUUAUGUCACUAUAUGGAACACGUCAUAACAGCAUUCUUUACUGUUGAAUUCGUCCUCAGACUGAUUACAUGUCCGAACAAAAAGGAAUUUCUCAGUGGCGUAUUGAACUUGUUAGAUCUGAUCCUGCUCCUUGACAGUUUCGGGAGAAUUUUGUUGGAUUUACGGAGUGAUUUGAUGGAGACUAUGACCGUGGUGUACGACCUGCUCCUUUAUUUACAAAUGUUCCGUGUAUUUCGUCUCUUCAGGACAAUAGAACAUAUCAAAGCAUUUAAGGUCCUUCGUUAUUCCCUUGUUACUGGUAUGAAAGACAUUUGCGUUCUAGUCAUGUACGUCAUGGUAACAAUGUGCAUAUUCUCCAACUUCAUCUACUUUGUUGAAAAUAAAUCGGAUUUUCCCAGCAUUCCCGCGGCAUGGUGGUGGAGUAUCGUAACCAUGACAACGGUAGGCUAUGGGGAUGUGGUGCCGAAGACUGUGUUUGGAAAGUUGAUUGGCUGUAUCUGUGCUCUAUCAGGCGUUGUGUUAUUUUCCCUCAUCAUACCAGUAUUUGUCAGCACGUUCCUCACAGCCUACGAAUACGCAAAAGGCUGUCAGGAUGGUGAGGAAGGCUGUCGGGACGGUGAGGACGGUAAAGACUCAAGGCGAAUUGGGACGCUGAACUCAAAUGAGAACAAACAGAUCACAAGGGUCCUUAAUGUUGACAUAAUGUGUAAGGAACAGUUGCAUAACCCAAACGAACAUCCAAUACUACUACGGAAAACAGAAACUAUGGAAACUACUCAAUUUUGACACUAUCUUAAGAGAAGGUCACUAAGAAGUUACCUUUAUACUGACUCAUUAUCAAAGUUGCUUCGGAAGUUUCCUAUUAUCCAUCCAAUCGGUAUCAGAUGUUAUCUUAUUAUACACCCCAUUUGUAUCCGAGGUUAUCUUAUUAACCAUUCCAUUCGUAUCCGAGGCUAUUUCAUUAACCAUCCCAUUCGUAUCGGAGAGUUAUCCUAUUACCCAUCCCAUUUGUAUUUGAAGUUAUCUCAUAAUUCAUUCCAUUAGUAUCUGAGGCUAUCUCAUUAUUCAUUCCAUCAGUAUCUGAGGCUACAUUUGUAUCUCAACAUUCAUCCCAAUGGUAUCGGAGGUUUUCUUAUCAUCCACACCAUUCGUUAACUAUGUAGUACAUGUAGAUAAUUAACUGAUCAUACCGAGGACAAUCAUGACCACAUUACAGAAAUAAGGUAUGAAGUCUCAUCCCCAUUUUAAAAUGUGGUUUAUAUUUUUGUCAAUAUAUAAGCAUGGGUAGAUACUAUUUUAUGAUCAUCCAUACUCAUUGUUUCCUUAACUAGUUUAAUUUACACUAGUCUAUAGUAAAAUGGUGUGAACGGUAUAAAAACGCAUCUAUGGCAAUAGUUAUACGAAUAAAAUUUACUUACUUUACCGAAUAGUUUUCCAGAAGUGUCGAAGAACAUACAUUGCUAACCAGUGUGGGGGGAAAUAUAUCUUUACAUAUAGGUCACAUAUCACACAUAAUUAUAUACGAAUACUGUGGUCUAUACAAAUAAUUAGUUACACAUGAAAAAACAGCGAGAAGACAAAUGUAGUUAGGUCUGGUGGCACUUUUUACACCAGAAAUGCCAUGUCAUUAUGACAGUGAUAUAUCCAACACUUUUUAUAGCUGAAAUAUAUGUUAAUGUUCGUGUGUAUGCUUUUGUAUUUUGUUGUCUUUCGAAUAAGCAGACUAUAUAUAUAUGCUCUUUAUUAAACAAUAAAACAUAAAUACAAGUAUUCAAUACAAAUGGAUUUUCACGUACAAUACGAUCAAUUUUGGUGGACGAGAAUAAAUACUAUUGUGAUAAACACAAAAUACAACUCCAACCGCCGAUGGUUUCAGUAUAGAAUUGUACACAGGAUAAUAGCCACAAAUUUCUUUAUACAAUAAAGAUUAGAAAUUCUCCAUUCUGUUCUUUCUGAAAUAGUAAUGUUGAUUCAAUUAUUAGCUUACCUUCGGAAUGUCCCUCAUUAUUAAACUUCUGAGAAGCGUUAGCUCUGUGGGUAGUAACCCAAAUGAAAAUGAAAAUGAAAUGAAAUGAAAUGAAAAUACCCUCAAGAUGCUAAAGUCAACACCACUGGAUAUGGUAAGAAUUCAUUCCGUUUUGAGGCCGCCCGGGUCUGAAACAGUCUGCCAAACGACUUGAGAAAGGCUGAAAACUACCAGAGUUUCCGCAGACUGUUGCGCACCUGGGAUGGUAAACUGUUUAUGUGUGCCAUAUGCGCGCAUGCAUAGUCCUUCUGACAUACCUAGCCCUGUGUGUUUGCUUUUGGUGUCCUGAUACUAUGGCCAACCUGUACAUGUGUUUUAUUUUCGCUUCUUUGUUUUUACAUUAUUAACUUAGCAGCAGUAUAUUUUCCUAACCAAACUUUAAACAGUAUGAUUAUAACCAUAGUAAUUCUAUUUCAACCAACUUCAUUAUCUCUUGUUUUUAUUCACACUAUAUUAGUGUAUAUUAUAUCAAUGUUUACCCUUUGCUACAUUAGCAUUGUAUGUACAUUAGACUAUCAUAGUGCUGUAACCUGAUCCGUUAGUAAUACUUGUGUGAUAUGCAAGUGUUCAAUAUUAUUUCUAUAUUAUGAAACUUAUGAAAUUUAUAUUAGAAUAUUUUAAACACUAUACUUAUUCUGUGAUAAUUUACUAUUUAAUAUGCUGCUUUGUUUGUUGUAUCUUGUAUGUUUGCUUGUAACUCGUUUGUUCCUUUUCAUGUAUAUGCCUUCUUUGAUUUGUGUAUAACUAUAUUCUUAAUUUAGCUGUUUGUAAUUCGGUAUCGUUUCUUCUGUGAUUCCUGUACGCGACAUGUAUAUCUUAACUAUAUGAUAUUGCAUUUCUUAGUACUAUGUUUGUCGCAAGAAUAGCGCUACAGCGCUAAUGUUUACUGUUUUUAAUAUGCGACGUUAAAUGAAAAUUCUUGUAUAUUGUAUCUUGUAACCAUACAGGUAUUUCUAUUCCCUUUAACUUUAGGUUUUCUUGACCAUAAAUUAAAACAAAAUAACAUGCUAAUGAUAUCACCAAAGAUACAUAUAUACAAACAGAAACUCAAACACACACUGCCUUCUAUCUCCGGAUUUAAGAAGGAAAUUGAAUACUACUUUAGAACAGAAGAAUACAUUAUUAAUAAAAUGACUUUACAAAAUUUCACAAUAAAUGGGUGCAUUUACGUUAUCUUAUUGGUCUAUAGAUUUGGUCCAAGUCUCCUAUUGUGAAUGUCAUAAUUCAAACAAUCAAGGAAUAGGAAUAUCAUCAACCGUAUGAAAGUGCAAAUGAAAGGGAUUGUCUUUAAUUUUUUUUAAAUGUAAAAUUUCCUCUGAGAGCCGAGUCAUAGUUUUACUUAGUACGAAUAUUCAACAUAAGGGUCUGAACUACCCGUAUACUGAUACUUCUUAAAAUGAAUUGUUCAAAGAAAUAUGUCCACUCUACUAUAUAUCAUAAUUAUUAUACGGAUGCCUAGAUUAAUUACAUAUAAACGACAACAUGGAUUACAGUGGACUCUAUCUGUGAACCAGCUUAUACUGAAAAUCUGUAUUUAUAGAAGUAGAACGGUAGGCAGUUUUAUAUACAUUCAAAUUGCCACUGAACCUUACUCUAGAAAAUGUAUUUCUAUAAUUCAGUUCUAUGUAUACCCAUAUUAUGACUUUCUUCAAAAGUAUAAAGUUUCCUCGGCAAAUUCCCAAAAUAUCUUGAAGUAUAUAGGAAUAUUUGAUUAUUUCUAUAUUGUUGUCACUAAGCUCUGUAUUAAAGGGAAAAUAUAUACAUUUUGUAAUAAUAAUGGUAAUAAUAAAACUCAUUUCAAUACACUGUAGUGAAAUCA